GCUUGGCGGGAGAGCGCGGCAGUCAGCAUGAGACGCGCGCGAAGUGUCACGGGCCCCUUGCGGCGCGCCCACCCCGCCUCCGGGGCCACCUGGAAUGUUCAGGUGGUCCGUGGAAAGAUGUCAUCACAAUGCCUGUGGCACGCCUGCCGAGCGCUCUCAGCUGGACUGAUGUUGAUGUUGUUAGGAGCUGCUAUGGCAGUCAUAGGAUAUUAUGCAGAUACCUUAUCAGUAGCGGAAGAAAUCCGAGGCAACGCAACUAUCUCAGUAAAAGACGAAACUCGAGGCUUCCAUCUCAACAACCUUUCAUAUGCGGGACCUAUAGUAAUGGGAUUUGGAGGUUUCAUAGUAGUGGCGGCUUGCGUAAUGACAUUCGAGGCGCGCGACAGUGCCGCUAAAGUGACACCAGCGCGGCCGCAAGCGCUACCCCGGCCGGUGCCUCGGCGUGGGCCACCAUGCGCGGCACCAGCUCGCCUCGACCAGCUCGGUGUGUACCGACUGCCGCACGUACUGCCGCUGCCACAUGCCUUACCGCUACCACCCAUACACAGAUAUCGAACACCUCAUACGAUCAGAACGGCUGAUGACAAAGUGAAGGGCCGCGCACGAUUCGGCUCGGCGCCUGACUUGCGUACGGGCAGCGCGCGAGCCGCGCUGCCGGUUAGCACUCUACGACGGCCGCUACGCCGCUACGCGCUCUCCGUAGACGAGCCACCGCAAUCCGCAGUCAGCGCUAGCGCGGCAGAGUCAGAGUGCGGUUCUCAAUCAUCGUUGGCGUUGGACCUGCAUGGCAGCGGAGCUCGCGGUGGUGUAACGCUUCGCGUGCGAGACAGCUCACGUCGUCGCCCCUUGGCGCGACAGCAGCGCCUUCGAGAUGACACCAUUCAUCCAACAGCAGGUGAUAGUAUUACCAAUAUAAACAACACGACAGAAGAAUCGAUAUCGAGACCAAAUGAGGAAGGGGAAGACAAUAAAAAUUCUGUAGAAAUGGUGCAUUUGUGUGGUGAUCACGGCCGCGCCAGAAGCGCGCCGCCAUCGCCGCUGCAGGAUCUCACUUCCUCACCGGCAUCACCCUCCUCGCACGCCACAGAUACUUGCAUACUAAUAGAGGAAUCACCCAUCGAGGAAUUUGUAGAAUGCCCUUCACCAGAUAAAUGAAAACGAGACGUGUCUCGGGACACCGAGACUUUACAACCCGGCGCGCUCACAAAUGAUGACCUUUGUUGAUAUUUUGUAUAAAAUUAUACAAUUUUUUGGUUACUCUUUAUUAUAUGUACUUAACAAUUUAUAGUUAAGUAUGUCCACUUGAGGGCUUUUCGAUGUGUCUUCGGAAAACGACGACAAUUAUCUAUUUUUUAGA